AUGGGUCAUCGGUCUAGUAAACUCACCAAUUCUGAGCUAGAUGAUUUAACUGCAUGCACUAAUUUUCAAAGAAAGGAAUUACAACAGUGGUAUAAAGAUUUUAUGAAGGAUUGUCCUAAUGGAGUUUUGAAUAUUGAGGAAUUUCAAACAAUUUAUCAGCAGUUUUUCCCACAUGGAAAUCCAUGUAAAUUUGCUGGUUAUGUAUUUAAUGUGUUUGAUAGAAAUAAGGAUGGUUUAAUAUCAUUCUCAGAGUUUAUUUAUGCCUUAUCAGUUACUUCUAGAGGAAGUUUGGAUGAAAAAUUAGAUUGGAUAAUGAUUGUUAAUUUCAUGGGUCUUAUGUUAUAUGAUGUAAAUAAUGAUGGUUAUAUAACUAAAACUGAAAUGAUAGCUAUAGUUGAUGCUAUAUACUGUAUGGUAGGUAAUCUAUUAGAUUUGCCACAAGAUGAAGAUACACCUGAAAAAAGAGUCAAUAAAAUAUUUGAUCAGUUAGAUGUGAAUCAUGAUGGCAGAUUAAGUAGAGAAGAAUUUCGUGAAGGUUCAAAGUGUGAUCCAUGGAUCGUUCAAGCUUUAUCAAUGGAAUUAUCUUAG